AUGCCCUUAAAAGGGAAUAACCAAAACUACUUCCUUCAUAUUCUCCAUAUAUAUGAGGAAUUUCACUGUGGGGUGGAACACAAAGCAGCAACAAUGGGUGUUCUCUUUGUCUUGUCCUUCUCCGCUGCCAUUCUUUUCCUCGGAAUGCACAGAGGUCACUGUGCAAGAAUCCCGGGAGGGCAAGUGUCGAUUCCACAUUCAAGACCCUAUAUGGCAGCCCUAGUCAGAGGAAAUGUCUUCAAGUGUGGAGGAAGUUUGAUCCGAGAAAACUGGGUGCUGACAGCGGCCCAUUGUCAAAUAAAUAUUGGAGACAAAGUUAUCCUUGGUGCUCAUUCACUAUCUAAAUAUGAGAAUGAAAAACAGGAGUUUCAAGUUGUUACGGUGAUUCGUCCCAGAAAUUAUAACAGUGACACGUUCGAACAUGACAUUAUGCUUUUGCAGCUUAAUGGAAGAGCAAGGCUCAACAGAAGUGUGAAAACCGUUCAGCUUCCCAGAACUUAUGAAGAUGUCAGAGUAGGCACACAGUGUCUAGUGCUCGGAUGGGGAGCAACAUACAGAAAAAAUUGGUCUGAAGUGCUGCAGGAAAUCACGGUUACUAUCUUUGACAGACAUGUUUGCAAGGGUUAUUAUACCAAACCUGCUGGUCUAAUAACAACCAACAAACUGUGUGCUGGUGUCACGAAUGGAGGUGCCUGUAGU